UGGUGCUGUGGAACAGACAGGCAGGGAGACUCUGUGAUUGGUGCUGUGGAACAGACAGGCAGGGAGACUCUGUGAUUGGCGCUGUGGAACGGACAGGCAGGGAGACUCUGUGUUUGGCGUGUGGAACGGACAGGCAGGGAGACUCUGUGAUUGGUGCUGUGGAACAGACAGGCAGGGAGACUCUGUGAUUGGCGCUGUGGAACGGACAGGCAGGGAGACUCUGUAUUUGGUGCUGUGGAACGGACAGGCAGGGAGACUCUGUGAUUGGCGCUGUGGAACGGACAGGCAGGGAGACUCUGUGAUUGGCGCUGUGGAACGGGCAGGCAGGGAGACUCUGUGAUUGCUGCUUCUCUCUGCAAGGUCCCUGGCGUGGUCCAGCGCUCCUAGAGAAGCAGCUCUGGAACACUGUGGAUUGUGAAGCAGCUCUGGAACACUGUGGAUAGAGAAGCCAGCCAUGCAUGUUUGUCUACCAGGAGCCUCGUUGCUUGGGUAACAGGUAAUCACUGGUAGUUCUGAACCCCAGGACUGGGAGCUGGGUGAGCAAGAGUUUCUGACCCUGCGCAGGGAGUCUUGAGAGAGCAGCCUGGCAGCCCAGCUCCACCAUGCCCAACUUCAGCACCAAUUCCUGGAGUGUUCUGCACGAAGAACCGGGGGUCAUCCUCACUCACUGCAGCGGGCUGGUGGCAGAGCUCGUGCAGAGAUUCAGCGGAGGGGGUGCCCCCCUGCCCAAAAACAAUGCAGCUAGCGGGAUGAAGGACAGAAACAAAGAGGACUGGCAGACACAGAGAAGCAGAGGGACACAGGAGAGGACAGAGGCCCAGGCACGCAGGAGGAAGAACAUCACAGAGUUCCUGGGGGACUCCAGCAUCCCUCUCCCUGACUCCCUGCCCCAGCACAGCGCCUCUCUGCCCAGCAGCGUGGGAUUGGAGGCUCUGGGUGGCCCGGGGGGGUCCGGGUCAGAGAGGAGGAAGAACAAAGCGGCCAGCAGGUUCAGUGGCUUCUUUGGAGCUGCGGCCGGAGCGGGACCCUUCAACAAGGUGAGACCCCCUCGUACCCCAACACUGCCCCCCCACACUGUACCUCAACACUGUACCCUGACACUGCCCCCCCACACUGUACCUCAACACUGUACCCUGACACUGCACCCCCACACUGUACCUCAACAAUGUACCCUGACACUGCACCCCCACACUGUACCUCAACACUGUACCCUGACACUGGGGGGUGUGACGAUGGAGUUUGGUUACAUGGGGCUGUUGACUUGGUGGUUUGACAUGGAGUGGGACCUGGGACUGCGCC